AUGUCUAACCAAAUCAUACAUUUCGAGAGUUUCAACACGCUCGCCAACAUAUUCUACACAAGCAUUGGCCUGGACGCGUACCAGAAAGCUGGACAGCGAGCCAACAACAUACGUCACCAGCUGUUGAGCAUAUUUUUCAUCAUCACAAUAGCCAACAUGAACAUAACCUUACUUAGCGAAUUGUUGUACAUAUUUAUGGCCUUCGCAAAUAACAACAACUUCGUUGAGGCAACAAUGCUUUCGUCAUUUGUGGGUUUCGUCAUUGUGGGCGAUUUCAAAAUCUAUAGCAUUUGGCGGCAACGUGCGCGCAUCACCACUAUGAUGCAAACGCUGCAUGCGCUCUAUCCCCAAACGCUGGCCGAGCAAAUGAAAUACGAAGUGCAACGGGCACUACAGCGUUACCAACGUUUCGCGUAUGCAUUUGUUUUGCUCCACGAGCUGCUAGUCUGGAGUUAUAAUCUAUUUCCGCUACUCAACUAUUUCAUCUAUGAAGUUUGGCUGGCGCUGCGUGUUGUGGGCAAAACGCUGCCCUACAACUGUUGGACGCCAUUCGAUUGGCAUAAUAAUGAUUGGCGCUAUUAUCCGAUGUAUCUGACGCAAAUCGCUGCUGGCCAAGCGUGUCUCUCCGGUCAAUUGGCCAAUGAUUUGCUCUUGAGCGCCGUGGCAGUGCAGUUGAUAAUGCAUUAUCGGCAACUGGCACGACGCAUAGAGUUGCAUGUAGCGGGCGGAGGGGGUAGCAACGAUGCUAGUGAAUAUAUCAGCUAUGCAAUUUACAAUCAGAACUGGUUCGAUUCUGACUUGCGUUAUCGAAAGAUGUUGAUAUAUAUAAUGGCACGCGCACAGAAGCCGUCAAAAUUGCAUGCAACUGCUUUGGUGACAGUUUCAAUGCCCACCAUGACCGAUCUUCUUCAAUUAUCCUAUAAGGGUUUUGCAGUUAUCCGCACGAUGUAUGCACGUGAGCCGAAGAGCAUUUCCAAAUAAUUAUUUGAA